CACAACUGGGAAGGCAUCAUGUGGUGAGAAAUCCCUUACUUGGAUGUCAGAACAUUCUCUACAAUUAAAUCCACUUUCCCCUCUCUCCUCUUCUCAUUUUCUGUAAAGAUAAGAACUCUUCCCAGAACCAUUUGCUUAAAAUGAGUUUUCAUUUCAGGGUCUACUGACAUUCAGGGAUGUGGCCAUAGAAUUUUCUCAGGAGGAGUGGAAAUGCCUGGACUCUGCUCAGAGGACUCUGUACAGAGACGUGAUGCUGGAGAAUUACAGGAACCUGGUCUCCCUGGGUAUCUUUUCCAAAUGCACGAUGAAAGAUUUCUCAUCAACAGCGCAAGGCAAUACAGAAGUGAUCCACACAAGGACAUUGGAAAGACAUCACAUUGGAGAUUUUUGCUUCCAGGAAAUUGGUAAAGAUAUUCAUAACUUUGAGUUUCAGUGGCAAGAAGAUGAAAGAACUGUCCGUGAAGCACCCAUGACAAAAAUCAAAAAGUUGACAGGUAGUACAGACCGAUAUGAUGAAAGGCAUGCUGGAAACAAGCCUAUUAAAGAUCAGCUUGGAUCAAGCUUUCAUUUGCAUCUGCCUGAACUGCGCAUGUUUCAGACGGAAGAGAAAAUUGAUAAUCAAGUUGAGAAGUCUAUCAACGAUGAUUCCUUGGUUUCAACAUCCCCAAGAACUGAGAAAUCUAUCAACGAUGCUUCCUCAGUUUCAACAGCCCAGCGAAUUUCUCAUAGGCCCCAAACUCAUAUUUCUAAUAACUGUGGGAAUAAUUUCCGGAAUUCUUCAUUACUCACACAGAAACAGGAAGUACACAUGAGGGAAAAAUCUUUCCAAUGUAAUGAGAGUGGCAAAGCCUUUAAUUAUAGCUCACUCUUAAGGAAACAUGAGAUAAUCCAUUUAGGAGAGAAACAAUAUAAAUGUGAUGUAUGUGGCAAAGUCUUUAAUAGGAAGCAAUAUCUUGCAUGCCAUCGUAGAUAUCACACUGGUGACAAACCUUACAAGUGUAAUGAGUGUGGCAAGACUUUCAGUCACACGACAUACCUUAAAUACCAUCAUAGACUUCAUACUGGAGAGAAACCUUACAAAUGUGAAGAAUGUGACACAAGUUUCAGUUUCAAAUCAAACCUUCAAACACAUAGGAAAAUUCAUACUGGAGAGAAACCGUACAAGUGUAAUGAGUGUGAGAAGACCUUUACUCGGAUGUCAUCCCUCAAAUGCCAUCGUAGACUCCAUACUGGAGAGACACCUUACAAAUGUAAUGAGUGUGGCAAGACCUUUAGUAAGAAGUUAAACCUUACAUGCCAUCGUAGACUUCAUACUGGAGAGAAACCUUACAAAUGUGAAGAAUGUGACAAAGCUUACACUAUGAAAUCAAACCUUGAAAGACAUCAGAAAAGUCAUACUAGAGAGAAACCUUACAAGUGUAAUGAUUGUGGCAAGACCUUGAGUCGUAUGUCAUCCGUUGUAUACCAUCAUAGACUUCAUAGUGGAGAGAUACCUUACAAAUGUGAAGAUUGUGAUGGAACUUUCCCUUUCAAAUCAAGCCUUGAAAGACAUAGGAGAAUUCACACUGGAGAGAGACCAUACAAAUGUAAUGAAUGUGGCAAGACCUUCAAUCAGCAGUUAUGCCUUACACGCCAUCAUAGACUCCAUACUGGAGAGAAACCUUACAAGUGUAAUGAGUGUGGCAAGACCUUCAGUCAGGAGUUAUCCCUUACAUGCCAUCGUAGCCUUCAUACUGGAGAGAAACCUUAUAAAUGUGAAGAAUGUGAUGCAGCUUUCAGAUUGAAAUCAUACCUUGAAUAUCAUAGGAGAAUUCAUACUGGAGAGAAACCAUACAAGUGUAAUGAAUGUGGCAGGGUUUUUAAUCACAAAGGAAACCUUACACGUCAUCAUAGACUUCAUACUGGAGAGAAACCUUACGAGUGUAAUGAGUGUGGCAAGAAGUUUCGUCGAAAUUCAGUCCUUGUAAUUCAUAAGGCAGUUCAUACUGGAGAGAAACGUUACAAGUGUAAUGAGUGUGGCAAGACCUUCUGUCAAAAUGCAGCCCUUGUAAUUCAUAAGGCAAUUCAUACUGGAGAGAAACGUUACAAGUGUAAUGAGUGUGGCAAGACCUUCUGUCAAAAUGCAGCCCUUGUAAUUCAUAAGGCAAUUCAUACUGGAGAGAAACCUUAGAAGUGUAAUGAAUGUGGCAAGGCUUUUAAUCGAAAAGCAAACCUAGCACGUCAUCAUAGGCUUCAUACUGGAGAGAAACCUUACAAGUGUAAUAAAUGUGGCAAGGUUUUUAAUCAACAAGCACACCUUGCACGUCAUCAUAGAAUUCAUACUGGAGAGAAACCUUACAAGUGUAAUGAGUGUGGCAAGGUUUUUAAUCGAAAAGCAAAGCUUGCACGUCAUCAUAGAAUUCAUACUGGAAAGUACCUUAGAAAUGUGAAGCAUGUGAUGAAGUUUACAGUCACAAAUCAAGCCUCAAAAGACAGGAGAAUUCAUACUGGAGAGAAACCAUACAAAUGUAAGAGUUUGUGACAAGGCUUUCAGGUAUGAUUCACACCUGGCACAACAUACUAGAAUUCACACUGGAGAGAAACAAGUGUAAUGAGUGUGGCAAAGCCUUUAGUGGGCAGUCAACAUUUAUUCCUCACCAGGCAAUCCAUGGUAUAGGGAAACUUUACUAAUGUAAUGAUUGUCAGUAACAGUACAACCUUCAGUAACGCUACAACCAUUGCAAAUCACUGGAGAAUCCAUAAUGGAGAUCUUAAAUGUAUAAUAAUUGCGGGAAAUUUUUCAGACCUCAUUCAUACCUUGCAGUUCAUUGGCAAACUCAUGUUGGAGAGAAACCUUAGAAAUGUUGUGAUUGUGUCAAGGUCUUAAGUCAAGCUUCAUCUUAGGCAAAACAGGAGAAUUCGUACAGGAGAGAAACCUCACCAGUGUGAUGAUUGUGGCAAAGCCUUUACUUCAUGUUCACACCUCAUUAGACAUCAGAGAAUCCAUACGGGAGAGAAAUCUUACAAAUGUCAUAAGUGUGGCAAGGUCUUCAGUCUGAGUUCACUCCUUGUAGAAUAUCAGAAUAUUCAUUUUUGAGGUAAUUGUUCCAAGUGCAAUGAGUAUAGCAAACCAUCAAGCAUUAAUUGACAAUAAAGUGUUUAUGUUAAGAGGAUUGGGCUGGGCGCGGUGGCUCACGCCUGUAAUCCCAGCAGUUUGGUAGGCCAAGGCAGAUACAUCACUUGAGGCCAGGAGUUUGAGAUCAGCCUGACCAACAGACAGGAACCAUUUUCCCAGCCUGUUUUUUGUUUCUUUAACAAAAACUGAUAGGGAUUUUUCUGGGUAUUGUGUUGAAUCUAAAUCACAUUGGGUUAUAUAAUUAUUUAACAAUAUUACUUUUUCCAAACCAGCAAUAUGGGUUUUAUAUAUAUAUAUAUGUUUUUAAUCAUUUUGAUCUGUGUUUUUAGAUUGCAAGGUACAGAUUUCUCACCUUUUUACAGUUAUUCCAAUUUAAGUUCUCUAGCAAAUGGAAGUGUUUAUAAUUUUCUUUUAAAAUUGUUCAUUGUUGCAGGGCCGGGCGCGGUGGCUCAAGCCUGUAAUCCCAGCACUUUGGGAGGCCGAGACGGGUGGAUCACGAGGUCAGGAGAU